CUUUCCCUCUGCUUGCGCGUUGUCUAUGUCCGUGUCGCUGCGCUGAGCAUCGCCCAGCGCGUCCAUCAUGUUUUCCGGCUCGAACUCAUACCUCGGCGGCGCCAACAGCGCUCGCGGAGGUCCCUCACCCUUCGGACAGCAGCAACAGCAGCCGCAGCAGCAGUAUGGCCAGCAGCAACCGGGAUUCGGCCAAGCUCCUCUGCAACAACAGUAUACGGGAUUCCCACCAGGCGGACUACAGCCUCAAGCGACAGGCUUCCCAGGACAGCAGCCUCCGCAACAACAGCAGCAGCAGUAUGGCGGAUUCCAGCAACCACAGCCCACGGGCUACCAGCAGCCACAGCAGACCAGCUUUCAGCAACCGCCGCCGCAGAUCAAUGUGCAGCAGACGGGCUUUCAACAGCCGCAGCCUACAGGCUUUCAGCAACCACCGCAGCCAAUGCUUCCGCAAGCGACGGGCAUGACGAGUAACGAUAUCGCCAACUCCUUUCGAUCGUCCGCCGCCUCUCAGGCACCCCCACCAGUCCCGGCAAAGACAGGCAGCAAGAUUCCCAAUAUCCGACUGAGCUUCAUCACUGCUACAGAUCAAGCCAAGUUCGAGCAACUGUUCAAGAGCGCGACGGGCGGAGAUCAGGCGCUGAGUGGAGAUAAGGCGAAGGACAUUUUGCUCCGCAGUAAGCUGGAUGGCAACAACCUGGCACAGAUAUGGACUUUAUCGGAUACCACCAAGUCAGGCCAGCUGCUCUUUCCCGAGUUCGCGCUGGCCAUGUACUUGUGCAACCUCGCGAUGAUAGGUAAGGCAUUGCCGGGCAGUUUGCCAGACAAGAUCAAGAAUGAGGUAUCAAGCAUGGUGGACAUCAUCUCCUUCAAUGUGGAUGAUACAUCAGCGCCCUCAGCUCCGUCCUCGAAUGCGCCGAACUUUAGCGAGCCACCAAAGAUCCAGCAGCCACAGGCGCAAAACCCGAAUAAUCAACAGCUGCUCAGCCAGCUCACGGCACAGCCUACAGGAUUUCAGGUGCCGCAGGCAACUGGCUUCCAGCAACAGUUGCAACCUCAAGCAACAGGUUAUAUGCCUCAAGCACAGGGUUAUACAGGUCCUCGGCCGCCAAUGCCUCCCAUGCCCACUGGGUUCGGCAACAAUCUCACGCCAGGCGUGUCCGCGCAGCCGACCGGCCUGUCUCCUCAGCAGACCGGAUAUCCGAUGGCGCAGCCGCUUAAUGCUCAACCCACUGGUCGACCGGGACAAUGGGGUCUCGUGAACGCGCCAGCAAGCGGUCUGCCAAAUCUCCAGGCGCUCCAGCAGCAGAUGAUGCCACAACCAGGUCGCGAGGCAGGUUUCAGUGCACAGGGACUCCGAGGCAACGCAACUGUGCCAUGGGCCGUCACAAAGGAAGAGAAGAAGAUUUACGACGAUAUGUUCAAAGCGUGGGACGGCUUUGGCAAAGGUUACAUCUCUGGUAAUCAAGCGUUGGAGAUUUUUGGGCAGUCUGGGCUGAACAAGCAGGACUUGGAGCGCAUCUGGACGCUGAGCGAUCCGCAUAAUAAGGGACGAUUGAACCUGGACGAAUUUGCUGUUGCAAUGCAUUUGAUCUAUCGAGCAUUGAAUGGGUAUCCAGUGCCGGCCCAACUGCCACCUGAGCUCGUGCCACCCUCGACUCGGAACAUCAACUCCAGCAUCGACGCAAUGAAAGGAUUGCUUGGUCGUGAUGCAGAAGAGCGCAAGUCUUCGGGGGCAUUCUUACAGCCACAGAAAACUGGUGUCAGCUAUCUGAAGGGACAUUCAUUCCGCAGCAACGGCGCUGGUGCGCGCAAAGAUGCCACAGUGUUCAGAAACAACGACGACGAGGUCGGAUAUCGAUCUUCUGCCAGACGUAGGAUUGGCCAGAAUGGAAGAGAUUCAUCCCCAGCAUCAAGCGAUACCAGCAGUGUCCCAGCAGACGACAUGAGCGUCGAACAAUUGAAGAAAACAAUUCGUGAGAAACAGGUCCUGCUUGAUGCAAUGGACUUUGAAGAUGAGAGCAAAGCGGACCAGGAGGAUGCUCUUGACCGCAAAGAUAGGAAAGAGGCGGAAGAGUUGUUCAGGCGCAUUCGGCGCAUGCAAGAGGACAUUGAUACACACCCGAACAGUGCUUUCAAGACAGGAGACUCGGAUGCUGAGAGGCGUUCUCUGCAGAGGCAGCUUCGUGGUCUGCAAGAUCGCUUGCCAGAGCUUGCGAGCCAUGUACGAAGAUGCGAACGAGCAAUUGCGGAUGCGCAACUGGAGCUCUUCCGAUUGAAGGACGCCAAGGCGAACCCCAGUUCUGCCCAACCUAUUGUUGGUACUGGCCCUGGUGGAGCUGUGACCGAGAGCGAUCGUCUCAAAGCCAGGGCGAAGGCGAUGAUGCAGCAGAGAUCAGCGGCGCUGAGUGGCAAGAAGGUCGAAGUUGCCGACGACGGCAGUGCUGCCGCUGCACGUCUGGAAGAAGAGAGCAAGAGAGUUACGCGUGAACGCGAGGACAACGAGAAGAUGGUGAAGGAUGUUGAGGAGAGUGUCACAGAAUACAGCAGAGGCCUCGAAUCUAGCUUGAAGGAGGGCGCCGAAAGUGCUUCUGAUGAGCACGAGCGGAGACGAUGGGAAGAUGGUCUCGGAGUCGAAGAUGAAGUCAAGGAUUUCAUCUUCGAUCUGCAGCGCAGUUCACGAGCUGCAAGGGUACGCAAUGAAGAGCGCAACCAGACGAGAGCGAAACCCGUCGAGGACGAUAGUCGAACAAGCACACCUGCCACAAGGACCGAAAGCCCGGCUUCAUCUCGCCAACCCGCUGCAUCCUCGCCAGCGACUACCGGCUCGUCGUACUCUAGCUACAAGACGGCAGAAGAGCGUGCUGCAUUUAUCAAACAACAAGCUGAACAGCGUAUGGCCGAGCGCCUGGCUGCGCUUGGUCUGAAAGCACCCUCGAAGGCUGGUGGCGAGACUCCUGCCCAGCGAGCAGAGCGAGAACGCAAGGAGCGAGACGAUAAGCUACGACGUGCGGAAGAAGAGGACGCAAAGCGCGAACAAGAGCGACAAGCGAGGAUUAACGGGGAAAGCAAUGCUCCACCCUCGCCAGCUGCCUCGAGCAAGACCAAGCCACCCCCUCCUGCUCCUCGCAAGAAUCGCAGUGAGAGCUUGCAGAGUGACACCCAGGCCAAGUCAGAGGCCAAGGCGGCUGAACAGCAGAUCAAGGAGCAGGCGCUGAAGGAGCAAGAAGCGGCACUUGCAUCUGAAACGAAGGACAUGGAGGACGAAGAAGCACGCCAAGAGCGAGAACUCCAGCAGCAAAGAGAAGAGGCUGCGGCUUCUCUCCGAGCUCUUGAAGAGCAAGUCAAAGCCGGGAAAGCCAAGAAGUCCGAGGAGAAGAAGAGGCGCGAGGCGGCAAAGAAAGAAGCACAAGAGAAGGAAGCACGACUGGCCGCUCAGCGUGCUGAAAUCGAGGCUGCCAAAGAGCGCGAGCGUCAGCUUCGCCUUCAACUUGAGAGCCUCGACGACGACUCCAGCGACGACGACGAUGCCAAGGAUACGCCGACUGAGAGCACCCCAGCUCAAAGUACUGUGCUACCGCAACUGCAAGAAACACCCGCGUCGCCACCGGCUGCACCUCCAGCGCCGCCGUUGCCAGAUACUGCCUCAAGUCCUCCCGCGGCUGUCGCCAGCCCACCAGAGCAAUCCAAGAACCCCUUUUUCCGCAGCAUGAACCAACAAUCCUCCGCUGCAUCCACACCAGCAGCAGUCACAUCUCCCGAAGCCAGCCAAAAAGUCGACACGAACCCCUUCCAUCGUCUGACGCAACAGGAUCUGGCCAAGCAGCAGCAAUCUCUCCCCGAUCCUGCAGCAGCUCCCGCUCGAACACGAUCGAAACCUGCAGACGAGGACGACUGGUCUGUCCUCGACUCCUCCGAUGACGAAAGCGACGACGAAGAUAAACCUCAGGGCGGUAGCGCGAAACAACUCGCUUCCAUCCUCUUCGGUACCAUGGCGCCUCCGAGACCGCUCUCUGCUAUGGAUAGUCCGAAAUCUGCGGGUCCGGGCUCUCCUGCUCCAAUUGGUACUGAGAGGCUAGCUUCACCACCUCCUGCUGCUCCACCUAUGCCGCCUAGCGGAGCUCCUCCUCCACCUCCCAUGCCAGGCAGCGCUGCUCCGCCGCCUCCACCACCUCCUAUGCCGGCUGGUGCUCCUCCCCCGCCUCCUCCGCCUGCUCCUGAUAUGGGUGGUGCUGCUUUACCAGCUGCUCCGCCCGCGGGAGCGCCGGAUCGAAGUGGUUUGUUGGAGCAGAUUCAACUUGGGAAGGGGUUGAGGAAGGUACAGACUAAGGAUCGGAGUACGGCGAGUGUUGCCGGGAGAGUUGUGUAAGGAAUUGACGGAGUGCAGUGUCUUGUUGUACGUAUUGUUUAGAGAAAUUGAAUUGAAUCGAGAGAGUGUCAUUUUGGAGAGUUGCAAUGCAGAGCUCGCCAGCGCGCUUGGUCUAUACGAUUUAUGAGAUCUCUCCCCUGAUGUUUGGCGUACCGUCUGGACUUGUGCGAGUGGCCUCUGAUGAGAGAAAGCACCAAGCAACGUAUGCCAUCACGAGGUCAAGGCACGUGCGAAGCGUCUGAGAAGGAUACCUUGUGGAGGCAGCAAUCGACCAACAAGAAAUUGUCUUACAGCGAUUUAUCGAAUCGAACGCUACUCUGUACUACUCUCCACACCUUGAAGAUCCAGAUCCAAGACCACCUACAUCACACUUGCGAAGAAAGGGGACAGAGCGAGCUGAACCGUUUCAUAUCACCCUUGGACUCAGAUCCAAGCACGACUGCCGCCGCUACUUAGGGCUCUACGCAGCCGUCUAGCAACUACUACGGCUUCUAUGUACCGCGC